AUGCCUAGAGGAAAAAAAAAACCUACUCGUAAAAACGUUACAACUGCUUGUCUAGAAUGUAAAAAGAGUAAAACCAAGUGUACUGGAAACACUCCGUGUGGGAAUUGUACAAAGAGAGUCAUGAAUAGGUGUAAAGCUUGUAAAAAUAAUAUUAAAGAUACAGAUAUAUCCAAACUUGAAGCUUGUGGCAAAUGCAAAACUCAAGCAAGCAAAUCUUGUGAAUUUCCACAAGAAAAACCCAGGCGUGGGCCACCACCUAGGCAAACGAAUCAAAAGGCAAUAAAUUGUAUCACUAUCAAUAGAAUUGAUAAUAAUACCCCAUUCGAUAUCAAAGAUAAAAAUAUCUUUGGUGAAGGAAUGUUGUUCGAUUACACUAAAGGAUCAAUGAAUAUUGAGGAAUAUAAUAGUGUAAAUGAUGACUCGUUGUUCAGCGAGUUUAUCAUUUUCGAAGAGCCAAUAUCUGAUGAUAAAUUAUCAUCAACGUCAACAAUAUCGACGUCAACAAUACCAACGGCAACAAUGCAAAUACCAACAGAUACAGCAAUUAUACCAGGACACCUUCCAAGAACAGAAAUGGACCUAUUAUUGGGUCUCUCUCAAGCACCACCAACUUGUAAAAAUAAUAUUAAAGAUACAGAUAUAUCCAAACUUGAAGCUUGUGGCAAAUGCAAAACUCAAGCAAGCAAAUCUUGUGAAUUUCCACAAGAAAAACCCAGGCGUGGGCCACCACCUAGGCAAACGAAUCAAAAGGCAAUAAAUUGUAUCACUAUCAAUAGAAUUGAUAAUAAUACCCCAUUCGAUAUCAAAGAUAAAAAUAUCUUUGGUGAAGGAAUGUUGUUCGAUUACACUAAAGGAUCAAUGAAUAUUGAGGAAUAUAAUAGUGUAAAUGAUGACUCGUUGUUCAGCGAGUUUAUCAUUUUCGAAGAGCCAAUAUCUGAUGAUAAAUUAUCAUCAACGUCAACAAUAUCGACGUCAACAAUACCAACGGCAACAAUGCAAAUACCAACAGAUACAGCAAUUAUACCAGGACACCUUCCAAGAACAGAAAUGGACCUAUUAUUGGGUCUCUCUCAAGCACCACCAAGUAUCAUUGUCCCCCUAGAGGGGCAAUACACCGCAGGCACGCAAUAG